AUGAUAUCUCAGAAUGUUGUAAAAGUGGGAUACUAUGAUCCGUUUUCAGUUUGGCCCCAGAUAAAGGAGAGUGUUUUGCUGAAAUUGCCAUUGAACUUGUAUGUUCGUCUUGACUCGAAUCAGAGUUUGAAAACGAUUAGUCAACUUGGUAUUCAAUUUGAAGAAGAAGUACCGAAAAAGGGGGAUUAUUAUUCGUUGAAAGAUGAUCGUAUAAACAGCAAUGUGUAUGUGCGGCUCAUGUUUGUUGCCAUUGAUGAUAUCGAGAGAUAUAGAGGUCAAGUUCGACCGUUGAUCAGAGAAUGGUUGAAAAAUCUCAUAUUCAAAGCUCAUGAUUGUACCUGGAUGAUCGUCUUGUAUAUUUCGCCAGAUUCUCGAAGUAGACACAACUCGCUUAUAAAAACCUCCUUUUUUGAUAAGCUAAAGGUUGAUUUUGGUCCACAGGGGAAACAGUUGAAUACCAUAUUGCCUGGCUCCGAAGACAUAUUGACUAAAUAUACAAACGAGCGAUGUUUUAAAUUCAAGCAUCACCACAGUGAAGUGGACAUUCUAGAAGAGUUUGUAUCUCAAUUGAAGACUUUGUUGAUCUCAUCCUUUUCCCAUAGAUUUACCAAGUUUAACGAUGUAGUACGCAAUGAACAGAGUAGUACGCUACAAAGAUUAUUGGCAAAACUUGAAAUGUGCUUUUUAUUUCAAGAUAUGAAACUAUUAACAGAUGCAUUGAUAAUUAAUGAACAAAUUACAGAAGAAUUGAAAAUCAUGCGGAUAAACCACCACCCCAGCCCUGCUGUAUUUGAUUACCUGAUAGUAAAGCCAACAUCUCUCGACAACAAGUUUCAAUUCGAGCAUCUUAUUCACAAGAAAAUCACUGAAGAACAGUUAAUUUCGGGAGAAGAUGUAAACGUGUUCCAGUUGAGAUGUCUUUUAUUUGGUAGCGAGUCGGCAAUUUUAAUAGCCCUUGCAAAGGAAGCAAUGAGCAAAUCUUUAAUUACAUCAGCUUCAAAAGAAAUUUCACGAUUGUAUCAGAGAUUAAUGCGAUUCUUGAGCGACUUUGAAUCGGGGUAUAAUUGUGAUUAUGAAUUGGAAUUUGUUAUCAUUGGGUAUUUUUUGAACUUGGAUAUUGUUAAAGAGUUGAUAACGUUGAUGGAAAAGUCAUCUGUUGAAAAAGAAAAGGUUGAUGGAAACGAAAUCGACGAGAAUGAGGAAAAUGUGGUUCAUUUAACCGAGUUUAUGGAGAUGAGAGCUGAAUUGAAAUUGUUUAUGAGAUCAGUCGUAAUUAAAAUUGCACAAAACCACAAUAUUCAAGUUGAGGGCUUGGACAGGAUAAUCAUGGAAGAAAUUUCACUUGAGGAGACUCCAACAACAACAACAGCUACACCUACAACAAAAAUCAACAAACCAUUGACAAAUCAAGAAUUAAUCCAGAUAGUCAAAACCAAAUCAUCUUACCUUGCCUACUUUGAAAGUCUAACCGAAGAAAUCAUUAAGGAUUUUGUUAGCUGCGGUAGAGCAAGAACAAUUGAUAUUUUAUCGCUAGAUUUGGCAGUUGUAAACUAUGAAAAAGGCAAUUAUAAACAAUGUCUAACAACACUUUCGUACGAGUAUUUUGCUCUGCAUGGGUGGAACCUAAUUGGUGGUGUUUUACUCGAUGUGUAUUUGAAAUGUAUCGAGAAACUAGAAUCAGAGAAUAAAAAAGAGAUAUUGCACGCUAGUGUCAAUUUGCUUUCUAUGACCAAUACUUUACCAAUGUUGCAAGAUAAAAGGCGUAUUGAACAGCUAUUUAAAAAGAUUGGAGAAGUAGAUGACGACUAUGUAGUGGAGUUCCCACUUGUAAUUUUCUUUACCAAAACACUAGUCAAACCUUUUGUUUAUGCAGAUGAGUCGUCUUCAACGGAUAUAUAUUACAUUGAAAUACAUUUAGAGAACCCAUUUGGAGUUGAAAUUGAUGUGGCACAGAUUGAACUAGUUUUAAUUGAUGAAAGAGGAUGCAAGGUGAUUUUCAGUAAAUCGGAAAUCAAACUCUCUGCUUCAAAAGGUGUACAGAGUUUUAAGUUGAAUACCAGAAAUAUCAUAUUUGGGGUUUUUUCAUGUCACAAAUUGUUAGUUCGUAUCGGGAAGAAUUUGCUUUUGGAACAAAAUUUUGGACCAAAUCAUGGCAAUAAAAGUAUAUUGAUAUGCCAGGAUGAACAUAAAUUCAGAGCACGGUUCAUACGUGCUCAAAAUCGAUCAUUACUUGAAAACAACCCGAGUUUGAAAUUGACAAACGGUAAUAACCAAGUAAAUGAUUUGAAAAUUGAACUUUUUUCAGAUAACAGUGACAUCAAACUUGCCAAUUCAGUAAUUGAUAUAAAGACAUUGUCACCGAGUGAAAUAAGGGAAAUCCAGAUUGCUUUAACAGUCCCUGUUGGUAUGAAAUUAGCUAGUUUGCAUGCCACCGGACACUAUUCUAUUGAUGGUGAAAAAUACAGCUUUCAAAUUUUCGAUAGUAUCGAUAUAUCACUAAGCAUAUCGGUCUCAGUUCAGGAUGUGUUUAAGCCGAAUUUCUUAUAUUCACGAUUCCAAGUAAACACAGUAAGUUCUCAAGUGCCAAUUCGAUUAAUUUCACAUAGUUUGGAAAACGAAGAUUACGAAAUUAAAGGAGGCUUGCAAAUGGGCGAUGUCUUGGCGUUUGGCGAGCAGCCAAUUUCGCUAGUUUAUCGAAUGACGCCAAAGGAAAAAGAGAAUAUUGUUCAUGGUGGAGGGAAACCACUUAAAUUAAGUAUCAAAUAUCGAAGUACCAAAGAUGAAGUAGAGAAGAUAUUGUUGAGCAUGAUUAUGAGAGAUUUGGUUGAAUGUGACUUGGCGAAAUAUUACUACUUGUGUGAAUGUUAUAUUCUUCCCAAGAUGAAAUUCGAUUUGAAUCGGUAUGCUAAUACAGGGAUCAUUGAAAUAUUAAAUGUAGACCAUUUGUUGCUUAAUACUGAAAAAUUCAUUUUUCAAUAUGUGGAAGCCGAUAAAGAUCAAAACAAAUUAUUAAACAUAUUCAAAAGAUACACCGUCCCAGUAAUGAAGAUAGAUAAACCUGGUAAUAGUGAUCAAGAGGACUUUGAUAGAUUAUACAUUGACGUUCCUGUUCCAUUACUUCAGUUUCUCCACUCUGUGGAAUUUCACUAUUCAAAACAAAUAAUGGUUGUUGGUGAACCUGUACCAAUGACAAUCACAGCUGCCACAACCACGAAAUGGGCGGGUCCCAAGCAACCACAACAACAAUCUGAAUCACUCAAUAAAGAAGCAAUAUCGUUGGUCAAGUUCAAAUUAGAAAUAGCACAGGGCAACGAUUUUUUGAUUGACGGUACAACAACUCAUGUUUUUGAGGUACCCAAGAACGAAUCUAGUUUUAGUAUGGAUAUAAUUCUUAUUCCCUUGGCAGUGGGGAAAUGGAAAUUACCAAAAAUUUCAGUAAAACAAUUAAAUAGAGAUAAGACGGAUGUUGAAUCGUUUUCUGAGGUUUAUUUGGUAAAUUCGGGCGAAUUGGUGACUGUUGUUCCUCAUACUAAUGAAAUUGCAUUUACAUUUUGA